AUGAAAAACAAGAAGAAAUGUAAAAAUAAAUUUAGUCAGAAGAAUCCUGAGGAGGCAGUAAAUAAAGCAGAAUCUACAGAGGAACACAAACCAAAGGAAGAAGACAGCAACAACAACAACAAAAGUGAAAAAGUCACUCAGACACCAGCCAAGAAAAAGCAAAAGGAAUGUAAAGCACAGAAAAGGAAACGAACUGAAGAGCUGGCUGAAAUAACUUGUACAACAGAAACACAGACACUCAGAGAAGAAAAGGGCGACAAGGUUGAAAAAGGUGCGACUGAAUCAAAACAAAAAGCUGCUGAACCCAAGGUGGAGAUCACAGACGAGCCGCAGUCACCCACAAAAAGAGUGAAACCCGAGCUGAGCAGAGAGCAGAGUCUAAGACGAGAGAAGCUUCGGAAAAUGCUGAGCAAGGAAGCAGUCCGACAGGAGAGUCCCGCAGAGCAAAAGGACGAGGCAGCCGCACCAGAAACAGAUGUCAAACUGGACCGCUCGGCCUCCCUCAGGUCCCGCAUGGUCGAGCGUCUGGAGUCGGCUCGCUUCCGCUUCAUCAAUGAAGUUCUGUACAGCACGACCAGCGGCGAGGCCAGGCGGAUGUUCAAACAGGACCCGCAGGCCUUCGGGAUCUACCACAGAGGAUACACGGCACAGGUUCAGAGGUGGCCCGCCAAUCCAGUGGAUGCCAUCAUCGCGUACAUUCGUCAAAAGCCUCCCUCCCUGGUGGUCGCUGACUUCGGUUGCGGCGACUGUAAAAUCGCACGCAAUGUGAAGAACAAAGUGCACAGCUUCGACCUGGCAGCAGCCUGCGAGCUUGUCACAGUGUGUGACAUGGCCAACGUUCCUCUUCCUGACUGCUCGGUGGACAUCGCUGUGUUCUGCCUUUCUCUCAUGGGAACAAACCUCGCAGAUUUUCUAGCAGAGGCCAACCGGGUUUUAAAGAUGGGGGGCGUCCUACAAAUAGCGGAAGUUGCGAGUAGGUUCGAGAAUGUUCGAAGCUUCGUAACUGGACUGGCAAACCUGGGAUUCAAGAUGGUGUCGAAGGACACAGAGAACACUCACUUCUACACCUUUGAGUUAGUGAAGUCAGGAGGUGCUCCAGAAAAUGUGAAGAAGUUUGGACUUGAGCUGAAGCCGUGUGUCUACAAGAAGAGAUGAGGUGACAUGAGAGUGACCCCCCCCCCCCACCAAUAAGUGACAUUUUCCUAACUUUGACUUUAGAUGUGCAGCUCUGGUUUACUGCUCGCCAAAGCAGAAGUUGUACAUUUUUUAUAAAAAAUGUAAAAUGUUCAGUACAUGAUAUGUGCUGUAAUAAUGUUUCCUUUCAUUCUCCCUGGUUAGAUAUGAUCAGUGGAAUAUUCCUGAAAGGUGUGUUGUUGGAAUACAUAAAUACAAUCAGACAUUAAAUACAGAUACUUAUUUGGGA